CCCAGAGGUCGUAAGGAAGGCAGGUUCCCUCCCCAGCGGAGGGAAGGCCCUUCUUUCUGGGAGGGGAGGAUCGCGCCAGGAGCUCCAGGCUGAGGCGGCGGCGGGGACACUCCCACCCGCAGCCCGACUCCCGUCCCGUCUGACAGCUGUUUCCUCUCGCCAGCCCGUGAUCUGCUUCGGUCUUGUCACGCAGAACGGCACUCCUCCGAUCCCUGCGGUGCACGAGGCUGCGGAAGCUGGCGGCUCCUCUGCGGGACGACUUCCCACAAGUUCUGCUGCCCCCUCCCGCGCCGCGACCAUGGGCAAACUUGCCAUCCCUUUCCAGGUCUUCAGGCUGAUCCUGUUCGCCGCCAGAGUUUCGGGUGCUGACAUCUGUGCUACACGAGGAGUGAACUCAUGUCAACAGUGCUUGACUGUGAAUCCACAUUGUGCUUGGUGUUCCCAGGAGGACAUGCCAUCAGGAUUUUCCCGCUGUGACUUGAGGGACAAUCUCCUUAACAAUGGCUGUUCAAAUGACUUUAUCGAGUAUCCAAUCAGCCACACUGAAAUCCUGGAGGCCAGGCAGCUCAGUGACAAAGGAUCAGGGAACGACAUCACUCAAAUGACCCCACAGAAGAUUGAGCUCUACCUACGGCCAGAUGACUCCCAAACAUUUUCAGUACAAGUGCGCCAGGUGGAGGACUACCCUGUGGACAUCUACUACCUAAUGGACUUGUCUAAUUCCAUGAAAGAUGACCUCCGUAACAUCCAAAACCUUGGUACCAAGCUAGCCAUGGAAAUGCGCAAAGUGACCAGCAACUUGAGGAUUGGCUUUGGAGCCUUCGUGGACAAACCCCUGCCUCCUUACAUGUACAUUUCCCCUCCAGAAGCCAUCAAAAAUCCAUGCUAUGACUUGAACCCCCCAGAUAAUCACUGCCUGCCGAUGUUCGGAUACAAGCAUGUCCUGGCACUCACAGAUGAGGUGAUGCGUUUCAACGAGGAGGUGAAGAAACAGAACGUGUCGAGAAACCGUGAUGCACCAGAAGGAGGAUUUGAUGCUAUCAUCCAAGCAGUUGUCUGUGACGACAAGAUUGGCUGGAGACCAGAUGCUUCCCAUUUGUUGGUCUUUACUACAGAUGCCAAGACACACAUUGCUUUAGAUGGGAGACUGGCAGGGAUUGUGACACCCAAUGAUGGGCAAUGCCACUUGGACAGCAACAAUUUCUACGAAGCCUCCACCACACUGGAUUAUCCAUCCCUUGGCUUGAUGACAGAUAAACUCUCCCAGAAAAACAUUAACUUGAUUUUUGCUGUGACUCAUACUAUUGUAGGUCUCUACCGGAACUACAGUGAGCUGAUCCCUGGCACUACUGUAGGAACCCUGUCAACUGACUCUAGCAAUGUUUUGCAGCUCAUUUUGGAUUCAUAUGGGAAAAUUCGUUCCAAGAUUGAACUGGAAGUGCGCAAUCUGCCAGAUGAAUUGUCCCUCUCAUUCAAUGCCACCUGCCUCAACAACGAAGUUAUUCCUGGUGUUAAGUCCUGUGUUGGCCUUAAGAUUGGAGACACGGUGAGUUUCAGCAUUGAGGCAAAGGUGCGUGGGUGUCCCAAGGAACGGCAGAAGACUUUCACUAUCAAGCCAGUGGGCUUUGAGGAUAGCCUGACAGUGCUGGUGAACUUUGACUGCGAUUGCCAUUGCCAAGAGGAUGCCGAGCCAAACAGUGACAUCUGCAACCACGGCAAUGGCACCUUUGAAUGUGGCAUGUGCCGCUGCCACCCAGGCCGGCUGGGCUCCCACUGUGAGUGCUCUGAGGAGGAGUAUGGCCCCUCCCAACAGGAUAACUGCAGCCCCCAUCAGGGGCAACCCCUUUGCAGCCAGCGUGGUGAAUGCAUCUGUGGCCAGUGUGUUUGCUACAGCAGUGACUUUGGCAAGAUCUCUGGCAAGUACUGUGAAUGUGAUGACUUCUCCUGCGUCCGCUUCAAGGGGGAGCUCUGCUCUGGUCAUGGGAACUGUGUCUGUGGCGACUGCGCCUGUGACCCCGACUGGACAGGAGCCUACUGCAAUUGCACCACUCGGACCGACACCUGCAUAUCUAGCAACGGGCUGGUGUGCAGCGGGCAAGGCCGUGGGUACUGUGCCUGUGGGAAAUGCGUCUGUACCCAGCCUGGCUCUUAUGGAAACACCUGUGAGAAGUGCCCAACCUGCCCUGAUGCCUGCACUAUCAAGAAGGAGUGUGUGGAAUGCAAGAAGUUUGAAAGAGGGAUCCUGAUGGAGCAAGAGACCUGCAGCCAGAACUGCCGGGAUGAGAUUGAAUUGGUACAGGAGCUUGGAGACAAGGGGAAAGAUGCUGUAAAUUGUACUUACAAGGAUGAGAAUGACUGUGUGGUACACUUCCAGUACUAUGAAGACUCCAGUGGCAAGUCCAUUCUCUACGUCAUUGAGGAGCCAGACUGUCCUAAGGGGCCUGACAUCCUGGUAGUUCUCCUUUCGGUGACUGGAGCCAUCUUGCUUAUUGGUUUGGCUACCCUGCUCAUCUGGAAACUGCUUAUAACUAUCCACGACCGGCGGGAGUUUGCCAAAUUUGAAGAAGAGCGGGCCAGGGCCAGAUGGGACACGGCCAACAACCCAUUGUACAAGGGAGCUACCUCCACCUUCACCAACAUCACUUACCGGGGAAAUUCAUGAAGGAAGACAAGGCUUUACAGGGCCUUCCCUGCUCAAGUUUACAGAACAAUCUGUGUUGUGCUGGCAUGUGUGUUGUGGGGUGUGUGUGUGUGCUGUUGCUCACAUUGUUCAAGAGCCUUUGCUUUGUGUUGUUCCACUAUCACGUGAGAAUGACUGCACUAUGAUUAUUUCAAGAUUCUCUGUUUACCUCAGCUCAUCUACUACUGUGGGCUGGACCCGUACACUGAAGGAGAAAGCAGGCCUCUCUCAUCAGUGGGAACAGCAUUGUACAACUCGGGGGGGGGGAGAGUCACAGGACACUCUAGUUUAAUAAAAUUAAGGGGCAGGAAUGUUGAGGUACAUAAUCUAAAAGGGUUUUACUAGUGGAGUGAGGGUUCAGAAACAAACUUCACCAAUUCAGAUUACCUGAGCUGAUUGCUAACUGAACCCAAACUCCCUCUGAAGUUUCAGGCCUGGCUUGAAAUGGCACAGCUAAUGAAAUCUAUCUCUUGCUGUUGCCAGCCUUUUCCCCUUUUCAUCCAAAUUUGCCAGUCAGUGGCUCAAGUGGCCAUGGGAAAACUUUGCUGCAGGGCCUCCAUCAUGCCUUAGGCAUUGCUUGCCAUCAUUCCUGCUACAAGGAUCCAUUGGAGAUAUAGUUACCACGGACCCCGACUCCUAGUUGAAAAGCUUUCAGAAAGGGGGACUGGGAACUCAUUGUGGGAAUUAUGGAGUCCCAUGGCCCUGUAGUGCCGCUGAUACAGUUGUGAACAUGAUGGGGCUGAACUUCAGAAAUAGAAAGUACUUUGAGGAAAAAAAUAUUUUCAGAACCCAUUCCAAACAACUAGUUUUUACUGUACUAGAAGAAAGUAUUGCAUAUUGUUUUUAGAAUAUACCUCUUGUCAUCCUUAUCCCCAUAGAUCUCUGGUGUUUAAUUUCUAGAAAAGAGAUGCUGUUGCGUAUUCAAGCUUGCCUGGACAUUUUGUGACCCUCCCUAAUCAUUCAUAGGUAUGUGAAGGGCUCAGUUUGGUAAAGAAAAAAAGGCACCCUGCAUAUGCCUGAAAGUACUUCUUACAUUAUAAUCUCACAUGUUCUAGGCUGAGCUUCUGGCUCAAAUUAAGCCCUGGAUAGUGCUUCACACAACAUUCCUCACCUUUGAAUGUAUGGCUACAGACCCACUUGAUCAUAUUGGGGUGGGUUUGAGCAAGGGCCAUAGUUCAUUGGUAGAACAUUUCUUUUGCAUACAAAUGGUCUCUGGUUUAAUCUACAGCAUUUUGGUUAAAAGGAUGUUAUGUAGCAAUGCUGGAGAAGACCUCUCUCUCUAAUAAGACUUGGGAAAGUUGCUUCCAGUCAGAGUGAAUAAUAGCAGGCCUAAUGGCCCAGUAGCUUGGCUCAGGUAUCUUCAUAGGCUCAUUUGUACCACAUAAAGCAGGAAUCCCCUUAUCAAGAUGUGUUAUAUGUCUCUGAAUUGUCAUUGUCCCCCGUGCUCCACAAUCCUCAGAUGUUCCCCCUGUAGGUAAGUUCUUCUCACCUCCUGCUUUUCACUCAGGGAACCAAAGAUUCACCUUAAGGAGAUGAGACAUCAGUGUCCUGAGUGACCUAAAAUAUUUUCCUCAGGUUUUUUGAAGGAGGUUGGGAAUGUGCUGAAGCAGCCUGGCUAAUGAAACCCUCAUUGCCCAAUACAGAUAGCCAAAUUCCCCCAUCCAAAUUGGGCUGUGAACUAUUCUGAUAGACUCAGGUAUUUUCACAAUUGGCCAUCCUCACGGUGGGGGGCGGGGAGACUCUCAAAAGCCAUUGUGGCUGCUUGACCUGAGACCUGUGAUGAUUUAAAGGAGUGGGAGCAGCAGCAAUCUAAAUCUCCUUCCUCUGAUUCCCACUCCACUGCUCACACCAGUGCUUCUGUCACCCUAUGCUUCCCACAUACAUGCUGGUUGCAGCAGUCAAAGUGUUGUACAUUUCUGUCACAAACUCCUUACUCUGGAAUUAAGAAAAGGAAGCUCAGUGCUGCAAUUAACACAAUCUUUUGGGAGUGACAAUUGGGGAUGUGCUAGAAUUCCACCCAAUUCAGAUUUGGUAUUGAAUUUUCCAUUUGGUACUGAAUUUUCCUAAGUCGUUGAGGAUCAGAUUUUAAUGUAGUGAGUUUCCACUGCUGUUUUUGAAAAUGGACUUUUCUUUAAAAUAUCUGCAUCUAAAAUAUCAAUUUUAAGAAUGAACAGUUAUCAAUAUUUCCUUUUAAAAUAUGGAUAUUUCCUUCAAAAAUAUAUUAAUACCAAUAUUUUGUCCAAGUGAAAAAAACACCCAUGAAUUGGUAAAAGCAGCAUUUAGCAGAUCAAGAAUGAACUCGAAUUGAUGCCAGCCUGUUUGGUUGAUGGAAUUUUUCAAACUGGCACCAGCCAAUAGAUCCCAUCCCUAGGAAUACAGGUUUACUAUCAGAAGGUGAGUUCACUCAGUAGUAGGGAUCCAGUGCCUGGUGCCACUUCAAAAGCAUUCUGUCAACCUAACAGGCUGGUAUAGAUUUGAGUUUGUUCUUUGUCCACUAUCUGCUGCUUUUACCAAUGGGUUUUUGUCCCUUCCAAAACUAUUGAUAUUUUGAAAGGAAAUAUCAAUAAAGGAAAGAAAAUAUAAAUAAAAUUAUUAUUCUUAAUAUUGUUAUUUUGGAUUUUAAAAAUGUUUUCAAAAAUAGCUGCAGAAAAUCACUACAUAAAAAUCCCAUCUGCAGUGAUAGAAAAUAAGCAAAUUAAUGGAAAAUUCAGUACUAAAUCCAUAUUGAAUGGAAUUCUAGCACAUCCCUAUGCAGUAUCAAUGUCAAGUUACUCCUUUUCCAUUCAUACAAGAGAUUUAUCCUCUCAGAUUUUCCAACCUCCCCCCCCUACCAUUCCACAUGCCCUCUUCCAGCUUUGUUAUCAACUGGUAUGGAUUUAUGGAAGGAAGGAGAGGUGCCAGGAAGUGGGGCUGGGAUCAGAGGGGCAGGGCUGUGUAAAUUUGGUGGAAAACAAGUCUGCUGUGGCAAUAAUGUAAUGAAGUCAAGACUGUGGUACACAUAAAUAAAAUCAAAUUGAUUCAGCCCACAAAUUUGGCUUGCUUGUCUUAUUCAUUUGUCUGUUUUUUGCUUUUAACCCAUUGACAGCUUUAAUACAACACAAAUUGUUGCUGAAGAAAUAAAAAUUCUGAAGCAAAUCUAAAUAUUCUACAAACUAAAUAAUAAGUGGAUUGGACUACUUUCCAAUGAGGAAAUACUACAGUUUUGAGGGGGAAAUGGGUUGUGAGCAUGAUCGAGGGUUAUAAAAUUAUAAAUGGAUAGAAGAGGGUUUUUUUCCACAAUACUGGGAGGCAGGAUUACCCAGUGAAAUUGCUCAGCGAAAUCUGGGAUAAAACAUAAACCAUUCUCAGUUUUACAGCAGGGCAGGUCUAAUCUUCAGAAAGAAACAUGAGGCAGUAUUAAAUACUCUAAUCUACUGAUUGCUAGACUGGCCUGUGCUUAUCAUUGUAAAUGCAGAGAUCUUCAAAACAAGAAUGCCUGGGGAAAUUGUGGGAUAAUCUAUUAUUUACACUGAUAGCAUUCUGUGAAUCUUCAAAUGCAUUUGAACUUGUUAAUGAAAUAUGGACCACAUUCGUUGUUUUUAUAAAGAACUUUUUGCAACUAAGUUAUGGCCAAUUUGAACCCUAUGUAGAAGGUAAUCAUCUGCCUAUUGUAAACUUAUUUUAUGUUACAGAAAGGUGGCUUUUAUAUGGAGCAUUUGUCUUUCCCCCUAUGUUUUGAUAUUUAUAUCAAAUCUUUAAUAGCUUUAUAAUAGACAAAAGGAUGAACUGGCCAAAAUAGUACUGGACAGAAUCAAUAGACAAAAGGAAGUGUUGGAGCAACAGUGACAUCUAGGGACAUUUUGUAGGAGUUCAUCAAAUACUGUAUAUAUUCAGUAGUCCUCUGUACGGGCACCCAAGAGAGAGAUUCUUGAAACCUCUGUUGUCUCAGGGAAGUGGGAAUGCCCUUGUAGAAUCAAUACAAUUCUUCCUGAGUGAUACUAAUGGUUACAUGACAUACAAAGUGGCUCUUUUUGCGCUUGCUGCGAAAAAGAUUAGAACUAGAUAAAAUUGCUACAA